AUCCAUUGUCAAUUUUGCAUCCAAUCAAGGCUAAACCAGUGUUUACUUCACCAGGCCUUACAUCAGUGGCCGUCUCCAGUAUCAAUAAUUACACAGUUGUAUUUUUAGGAACAGCAAAUGGAAGACUGCUUAAGAUUAAUCUGAACAGUUCCAUGGAGGUUAUAAGCAGGGAGUCAAUUAUGGUGGCUUACAGUGAACCUAUCCAUCCUAUUAUGCAGUUUGAUCCAUCUGAUUCCAGUUACCUGUAUUUAAUGACUUCUCAUCAGAUUGCUCGUGUGAAAGUAGCUGCUUGUGACCAAUACACUAAAUGUGCAGACUGCUUGGCUGCAGCUGAUGCUUACUGUGGAUGGUGUACCUUGGAGACCAGGUGUUCACUGCAGCAUGAAUGUGCCCAUUCGGAAGAGUCCUAUUUCUGGAUCAGUGCCAAUGCGGGAGUACAACAAUGCCCUUCAAUGACAACAAUGCCUUCAGAAAUAAAUAUCGAGAACGAAAAUGAGGGUAUGAUAAUCCAAAUAAAUGGGAACAUUCCCAAUAUGAACGGAAUGGAAAUAGCUUGCAAUUAUGGAAAUAAUAUCCAAACUACUGCUAGAAUUCAUCCCCAAUCUCACAACCAAGUAAUUUACUGCAGUUUUCUUCCCAGAGAGAGCUAUCCAGCCUUUCCAUUAAAUCAAGAUCAUGUAAUUAUUCAAACUGCAGUACAGGUCAACGGAAAAAACAUUGUGUGGGCCAAUUUCACCAUCUAUGAUUGCAAGAGAACUGGGAAUAUUUAUCCAAAGACAGCGUGUAUCAGUUGCCUCUCAGCUAAAUGGAAAUGUUAUUGGUGUCCUAGAAGAAGCUCCUGUGUAUCCAACGUGACUGAAUGUGAGAAUUCAGUACAGAUUACUAACAGUACUGAUUGUCCACAGAUUGUGCCUGUUUCUAUUGCACCAGUACCCACAGGGACUUCUCAGGACAUUACAAUGACUUUGAGAAAUGCUGCUUUUAUAAAGGAGAUGCCUUUGGAGUGUCACUUUGAAACUGAAAAUGAUAGGAUAUUUGAGGCUCAGUGGCUAAAUGCAUCUGCUGUUCAGUGUACUAAUGUGUUGCUUCAUACUUUCAAGAAAAGACACUUAUUUUUGGUAAAUCUUCAACUGAAAGGAAGACCUGAAAAAUUUAUUGACAGUCCACUGAUGAUGACAGUGGAGAUUUAUAACUGUGCAACUGGAAGUGCUGAUUGUUCUCAGUGUCUUGGGAGAGAAGAUCUUGGUCACCAGUGCAUUUGGAGCGAGAUCACUUCUAGUUGCAGAUUAAAUACUGAAUUUUUCCAGAUCCCAGCCAUGUGCCCUCCUCCUGAAAUUAGAAAGAUUGAGCCUCUGGAUGGACCCUUGGAAGGAGGAACUCAGAUCACGAUUCGAGGGAGAAAUCUUGGCCGUAGAUUCAGUGAUGUUGUUAAUGCUGUCAAGAUAGGAAAUGUGAAAUGCUCACCACUUCAGGACAGAUAUAUAGUCUCCGAAGAAAUUGUUUGCUGGACUGGAGAAGCAACAGAAGAAUUUUCCGAUGUGGUGACAGUAAAUGUGAGCAAAGAAGGAAAAUCCAAGGAGCAAUUUUCUUACAUUCUUCCAGUAGUGAAAUCUAUGUCUCCAUCUGUUGGACCAAAAGCUGGUGGUACCAAAGUAACUAUCACAGGAAAUAAUCUCAGUAUAGGAUCUAAGCUUCGAGUUUUGCUCAAUACUACAAAAGAAUGCAGAGACAUAAGUCGCACUGAUACUGCCAUCAUUUGUACCAUGCCAAGUGUGGAAACUAUUAUCCACGUGUUUGUCUGUGUCCAAUUUGAAGACAAGUCUUGCAUUGGUUCUAACAACUUUCAGUAUGAGAAAAAUCCAAGUAUAACAGAUAUCAACCCCAAAAAGAGUCCAGUCAGUGGAGGCAGAACCAUCACUGUGGAAGGAAAUGGAUUUCUCAUGGCUCAGAGUGUGUCAAUGGUUGUUCAUUCUGUUGGAAAAGAAAAAGUGAACUGCAAAGUUCAUUCGGACACUGUGAUUACCUGCCCUUCUCCAGCUGCCUCCAAUCUUACUGGAAGCAAGCCAGCAUUAGUGGACUUUUUCAUCAAUGGACUCCUGUAUACCGAUGAGAGCCUUUUCCCCUUUGAAUACCCUGAGGAAGCUGUACACGUUAGCAAAUUCCACAUGGAAUACUAUACAGAUCCCCAGUUCUUCACAGCCAAGAAAGAAAAAUGGAUUAAACAUCAUUCUGGCGAGCCCUUGACACUUGUUAUUCAUAAAGAGCCUGACAACCUCGGUCUGGAAAGCAAUGAAUAUGAAGUUAAAAUUGGCCUAAUUUCCUGUGAGAUCCAAAUUGUUUCUGACAAAGUCAUUCACUGUUCCAUCAAUGAAUCUUUGAGCACUUCAGAAAGAAAGCUCCCUGUUACGAUCCAGGUUGGGAAAUUCAAUCAAACAAUUACUAUGUUGCAUCUUGGAGGAAGUGAAACAGCUAUCACAGUUUCAAUAGUCAUCUGUAGCGUCUUACUCCUGUUCUCUAUUGUAGCAUUGUUUGUGUUUUGCACCAAAAGCCGACGGGCAGAGCGUUAUUGGCAAAAAACUCUGCUGCAGAUGGAAGAGAUGGAGUCUCAGAUCAGGGAAGAAAUCCGUAAAGGUUUUGCUGAACUUCAGACAGAUAUGACAGAUCUUACCAAGGAAUUAAAUCGCAGCCAAGGAAUCCCAUUUCUUGAAUACAAAUACUUUGUGACUCGCACUUUCUUUCCCAAAUGUUCUUCUCUCUAUGAGGAGCGAUACAUACUGCCUUCUCAGCACCUCAAUUCCCAGAUGGGGUCUCAAAUCCAAGAAACUCAUCCAUUAUUGUUGGGGGAAUGGAAAAUUCCUGAAAACUGUAGACCAAAUAUGGAAGAAGGAAUUGCAUUGUUCUCUACCUUACUUAACAACAAGCACUUUCUCAUUGUGUUUGUCCAUGCUCUUGAGCAGCAAAAAGAUUUUGCUGUGCGAGACAGAUGCAAUCUGGCCUCCUUGCUUACCGUUGCAUUGCAUGGGAAACUGGAGUACUACACCAGCAUCAUGAAGGACCUCUUAGUAGAUCUCAUUGAUGCUUCUGCUUCUAAAAACCCCAAGCUUAUGUUGAGAAGGACAGAAUCUGUGGUUGAGAAGAUGCUGACCAACUGGAUGUCCAUCUGCAUGUACAGCUUUCUCAGAGAAACAGUUGGGGAGCCUUUUUUCCUGCUGUUAUGUGCUAUUAAACAACAAAUCAAUAAAGGAUCUAUUGAUGCCAUCACUGGAAAAGCAAGAUAUACGCUUAAUGAAGAAUGGUUAUUGAGAGAAAACAUUGAAGCAAAGCCAAGGAAUCUUAAUGUGUCUUUCCAAGGCUGUGGAAUGGACUCUCUGAGUGUUCGGGUGAUGGAUACAGAUACUCUCAGUCAAGUUAAAGAGAAGAUACUUGAAGCCUUUUGCAAGAAUAUUCCAUACUCCCAAUGGCCCAGAGUGGAAGAUGUUGAUCUAGAAUGGUUUGCCACAAGCACUGACAGUUACAUCCUCCGGGACCUUGAUGACACUUCCGUGAUGGAAGAUGGCAGGAAAAAACUGAACACCUUAGGACAUUAUAAGAUCCCUGAUGGUGCCUCCCUAGCUAUGAGUUUAACAGAUAAAAAAGACACCACUUUAAGUAGAGUAAAAGAUUUGGACACUGAAAAAUACUUUCAUUUGGUCCUUCCCACAGAUGAACUAAAUGAAAAUAAAAAAUCUUACCGACAAAGUCAUAGAAAAAAAGUUCUUCCUGAAAUCUACCUAACCAGAUUGCUUUCCACAAAGGGCACACUGCAAAAAUUCCUGGAUGACUUAUUUCGAGCCAUUCUGAGUAUCCGAGAUGACAGGCCACCCUUGGCAAUUAAAUAUUUCUUUGAUUUCUUGGAAGAGCAAGCAGAGAAACGGGGGAUCUCUGACCCAGACACAUUGCACAUUUGGAAAACCAACAGCCUACCUCUGAGAUUUUGGGUCAACAUUCUGAAGAACCCCCAAUUUGUCUUUGAUAUCGACAAAACUGACCACAUAGAUGCCUGUCUUUCUGUAAUAGCUCAGGCCUUCAUUGAUGCCUGUUCCAUCUCUGACCUGCAGUUGGGCAAGGAUUCACCUACUAAUAAAUUAUUAUAUGCUAAGGAGAUUCCUGAGUAUAGAAAAAUUGUACAGAAGUAUUACAAACAGAUCCAUGACAUGCCACCUCUUAGCGAACAGGAAAUGAAUGCCCACCUAGCAGAGGAAUCCAGGAAAUAUCGGAAUGAGUUUAACACCAAUGUUGCCAUGACAGAGAUUUAUAAAUAUGCCAAAAGAUACCGCAGUCAGAUAGUGAAUGCGUUGGACUCCAAUUCUACCACAAGACGCACUCAGCUGCAGCACAAAUUUGAGCAAGUGAUUGCACUUAUGGAAGAUAAUAUUUACGAGUGCUGCAGUGAAGCAUAGGUAUCAGCCUGAACUUUGUUCCUGUGUUUAGAAGUGACCUUCUCUGCAGUGCACUGUCUUUUAAGAAACACCCUUUUAAAGUCAUUGUUUGUCAAUAUGUACCCCAUUGUAUGUAUAUGAUGAUUAAGAAACCAACUUGAUAGCAGAUCUGCCCAUGUUACACUAUCUGGAGAACUGAGCGGUGUCCACUAAACAGCUUGAAAUUUACUACAGGAUCUGCACUGCAUGGCUCCCAUAACUUAUUUGCUGUCCUGUUCGACUUCAGAAUGGCCAUCUUUUACUUCAUUCGUUUUCCCAGAGAAAAUCUUUGCGCACCAAAGAUCAGGAUACGGAGAUAAUGCUAAGAUUGUUGAGAGAAAAGCAGCAACAUCUCAGGGAAUAAUGAAUGAAAGUUUCAAAAGGCUCUCAGAUCCACAAAGGAAUUCUCUCUAAACAGUGCCCCUCUUUCUUCUGUGUACUUUAAAUAUCAGGGAAUCCAUUUACUGUACACAGUUUGCUGCAUUAUAUUGUAUUUUGUGCCUUUUAUUUUUGUACUAUAUGUGUAACAUAGCCACACCGUCCUCCAACAUAGGAAAGAGGUGGAGAUUUCAUAGGGUCCACAAUGCAGUUCCUUCCCGAAUAGACACGGCAUAUGAAAGCACUUUAUCUCAUCACAAAAAUGGCUGUUACCUUGCUGAAAGGAUCGUUGUUGGGUAGCAAACAAGAGUCAGAAAACAACCAAUCAGUGCAGCUGCUCCCACUUCUCCAAGCUUCCCAGAUAUUCCUGUAGGUUGACUUGCACUUGGCAAAUUCUCGGACUGCCCUCGGACUGCUUGAGGAAUAGUUUUCCACAGAAGGAAAAGUAUACGCAUGCUGCAGGGUCAAAGGACUGUGCUUUCUUCCCUUAUUCUGCCCCUGUUAGUUGAAAGGGUAUAUAUAGGGCUGAACUUUCAGCUCAGCUUAAACCCAAAGUUCCUAACAGUUGGCUUAAUGCAAGGCCGCUGUUAAUUUUCACUAGAACAAAAAGAAUGGUAUAUAUUUCUGUUCCAAUUUCUAUCUGAAGGGGACUUUUUUGUGUGGUGUCCUGCAUUUGCCAGCAUCAUUGCAAAGUGUCGUGUGUUUCUAAAUUUGAUGAUGCCUGAAACGUUCCCUUUAUCCUUUCAUUGUCCUCUCUGUUGUGAAGGAGAGACUAUCAGUAGUUCUAGUACUCUCAAAAUUCCCCUUUAGUACCUUAGGUAGAUGCCUUCAGGCAAUGGCUGUUUUGUAUAAGAAGAUGAAAACUCAUCAUAAACGCUGAGGCCAACUCACGCCCUUGACAAUGCCAAGCUCAUGAACUGCCAAAUAAUGCUCAAGCAUACCACACUACCUCACCAAAACCAAGGGAGUCUAAAGAGGAGUUGCCACAGUUUUGAGGCUGAGUUGAUUGUGAGGUGGGAAUUGAAUUUCAGUUUUUUAAUCAAAAUCUUGUCCUUGACAGUUACCUUACUUCAGAUACAACUUUCCAAAAUGCCUAGUAUUAGUAGAUUAUUUGAGGAACUGGCAUGUCAUGAUGGUUUUUAUAUAUUGCUAUAUUGAAAUACCGAUUUUAUCCAUGGCAAAAAAAAGAGGAAUAUGGAAGACCUGAAAACAGAACUUCAAAAAGUUACACUCACUGAAGAAAUGUAUAUGUAUUUGCCAAGAGACUGGUUGUGGAAGAGAAAUUUAAGAAUGUAGCUGGGCUACAUUUAACUUGACAGAAGUUGUUUGUUUCCUUCAAAAUUAUUAUUAUUUUUAAUUAUGAGGAGCUGCCCAGUAACACACAAACUUAAAGAAAACUCAGGAAUGGGAGGAUGGAAACCUAUUCUGGAUUAUCAUGUCUGCAGAGGAGGGAAAUGGAUUGCAACUGAAGCAGGUUUAACAAAUGUGCUAGUUUUGUCUGUGCAGGAAGCUGUAAUUUUGGCAUCAGCAGCCUAGUUCCUACAUAGAAUUGGGUGAGCAGAAAGCUCUUGACUGACCUUCCUUUCCCCUGGAAAGUCCUAUCCUGGGUAUAACUAGAGGUAGUUGUGAGUGUUCCAAGCCGUGUGCUUGAUGCACAAGUGUGAUGGCAUAUGCUUUGUUAUUUAAUUCUAUGUUCAAAUAUUAGCUACAGUCAUUGAAAAGAAAUAAGUUGUCUGCAAGGUGGAAACUGAGGGGAGCCCAACUUUAUUGUAAUAUAUAUAUAUUAUAACUUUGUCAAGUUAUUUGUGAGUGUUUUUCCCCUUUACCUGCUGUUUAAUGGAAGUGGCAAAAUCCUUCAAGUGCUGGGGGAUAUCUUUGUAAUAAAAUAAGUUGAUCAAA